UAGCUAUGAGAAGUAGCUGUGGGGUUGCUUCUUCCUUAGCACCUUCAGCUAUGGGGCUGGGCUGUAGGUAUUUUGUGGGCUUAGUAUUGCUCUGGUCCCUGGGGACAGCCCUUGGGCAGGGGGACUUCCGCAGAAUCAGUUUCUCUGUCUUGCAGCAUGGAUAUGAGUAUGACUGUGGAGACUAUGGGAUGCAGCUGCUGGUCUUUCCCAGCCAGGGCCACACCGUCCGCUUCAAAGUUGUGGAUGAGUUUGGGACUCGCUUUGAAGUUACAAACUGCUCCAUCUGCCUCCACUGGAUCACAUCUGGCGAGAAAGGGGAGGUGACCUUCUCAGCUGGCUAUAACGGCUGCCAUGUGCUCAGGCAGGAUGGCCGUAACCACCUGAGGGUCCGAGUGGAGGAACUACUGAGCACCGGGGCCAUCGCUGCCACCCGUGACGUUAACAUGACCUGCCCCAAGCCCACUGAACGUGACUUAACCCCAGAGGAGACCAUGCGCCCGGUGCCCCAGCCGCAGCCGGGCCUGGUGCGCCCGGUGCCCCAGCCGCAGCCGGGCCUGGUGCGCCCGGUGCCCCAGCCGCAGCCGGGCCUGGUGCGCCCGGUGCCCCAGCCGCAGCCGGGCCUGGUGCGCCCGGUGCCCCAGCCGCAGCCGGGCCUGGUGCGCCCGGUGCCCCAGCCGCAGCCGGGCCUGGUGCGCCCGGUGCCCCAGCCGCAGCCGGGCCUGGUGCGCCCGGUGCCCCAGCCGCAGCCGGGCCUGGUGCGCCCGGUGCCCCAGCCGCAGCCGGGCCUGGUGCGCCCGGUGCCCCAGCCGCAGCCGGGCCUGGUGCGCCCGGUGCCCCAGCCGCAGCCGGGCCUGGUGCGCCCGGUGCCCCAGCCGCAGCCGGGCCUGGUGCGCCCGGUGCCCCAGCCGCAGCCGGGCCUGGUGCGCCCGGUGCCCCAAAUAUAUCCUCCACCAAGCAACAUAGGGGCCCAUCUCACAGAGGAGCAGUGCCGUGUGGUGGCUGGGAAGAUGCCCUGUGCGGAUGCCCCAGGCCAAGCUGCUUGCUUCCAGGCUGGCUGCUGUUAUGAUGAGACUGACCUCACUACUCCCUGCUACUAUGGCAACACAGUCACUGUUCAGUGCCUCCUGGAUGGUCACUUUGUUCUGGUGGUCUCCAGGGACAUGUCUGAUCACCCCAUCAUCCUGGAGAGUGUCCGGCUAGCCUAUGCCCAGGCAGGGUGUGACCCCAUCAGGAUGACUGAGGCUUUUGUGAUCUUCCGCUUCCCCCUCAUGCAGUGCGGCACCACAGUCCAGGUGAUCCAUGACAAACUGAUCUAUGAGAACCAGCUGAUCUCUGGCAUCGACAUCCGGACUGGGCCAGACGGCUCCAUCACCCGGGACAGCACCUUCAUCCUCCAUGCUCGCUGCAUCUACAAUGCCAGUGACUUUCUGCCAGUCCAGGUCGAGGUCUUCUUGCCCCCCACACCUGCUCCAGUCACCCAGGCAGGACCCCUCCGGCUUGAGUUGCGCAUCGCCACAGACCUGAGCUACAGAUCCUAUCUCACAGACAGAGACUACCCUGUGGUGAAGGUGCUCAGGGACCCUCUCUACAUGGAGGUUCGCAUCCUGCACAGAACAGACCCGUCCCUGGUUCUGGUUCUACACCAGUGCUGGGCCACCCCAAGUGCUAACCCCCUGCAGCAGCCGCAGUGGCCCAUCCUGGUGGACGGGUGCCCGUUCCUGGGAGACAACUACAGAACCCAGCUUGUGCCCGUGGGCCCUGCCUCACCUGAGCUGCCCUUCCCGACUCACCACCAGCGCUUCAUCCUCUCCACCUUUGCCUUUGUGGACUCCGCCUCCCAGGUGGCGCUUGAGGGAGAGGUGUACAUUUACUGUAGCGCCUCAGCUUGCUACCCCUCCCGGCUGGAGCCCUGCAGGACCAUGUGCCCAUCAGGAGCUGCUACGAGAGGCCGCCGGUUCCUGGAUAUCAACAAUGGGACAGGAGAGCCCCAGGACCUGGUGAGCUCUCCUGGCCCUGUGAUCUUCCAGCAGAGCCCUGAGCCGUGGAGAGAGCACAUCUAUGAGAACAAGGACCCUGUCUCCAGACUGGACCUGACCCUGGUGCUUCUGGCCAUGCUUUCAUUGGUGGCUGUGGUUUCUCUUGUUACUGUGACACUACUCCAUAGGAGAAGCAGCUGGAUGACAAGGUCCCCAAUCUUCCAUGGCAGAUGACUGUAAAAUAAGGGAGGGGGAGCAGAAAUAAAAUGUCUGGACUGCA